AUGCUGUUGCACCCAUGUCGGAUCCUCCAAAUAUACACUACUUUUGGAGAAUCCGGCACACCCGGUGGCAGGAAAACAAAGUGUCGGACACCACAACAAAUUCUUUAUCAAGCUGCUUUGCGAGAUGAUUGGGAAUCUGCUGAACCUAUUCUGGAAAAGGAUUUGAGUUUAGGUAGAGCUAAGAUGACUAAACGCGGUGAAAGAGUUCUUCACAUUGCAGCUGUGGCAAGAAGCACACGAUUUGUACAGAAGCUAGUGAAUAAAUUGGAGGAAAGUGACUUGGAACUGCCAAAUAACGGCGGAACUAAUGCGUUUUGUUUUGCAGCUGCGUCAGGGGUUGUUAAAAUUGCUAGUAUAAUGCGGGAUAAGAAUAACAAGCUACCCAACAUCAUCAGUAAACAUGGAAGUGCAAUCACAAUGGCUGCUUUGCUCGGACACAAAGAUAUGGUAGUAUAUCUUUACGAGGUCACAGAUCUUGCCGCACUAGACAACUUAGAACGCUUUGAACUUCUCGAAGCCACAAUCCAGCAUGAGUUGUAUGGUAUGAAUAUGAGAGAUCUCUUCCAAUGA